AUGGAGAAUUCAACUGAAAUAUAUUUUUUUGUUCUACAAGGACUGAAGGAGUUGAUGCCAAACAAAAACACAUAUUUUGUGGUCACUCUUCUAGUUUACCUUUUUACUCUUGUGGUGAAUCAGAUUUUGAUUGUGACAAUUAUUUUGGAGAAAACGCUCCAUGAGCCCAUGUUUAUAUUUCUAUGUAGCUUGUGUAUAAAUGGAAUAUAUGGUGCCUCUACAUUUUAUCCUAAAAUAUUGUUGGAUCUUUCAUCUUACAUGAGGGUUACUUCGUAUGAAGCUUGUCUAAGUCAAAUUUUUAUGUUAUACAGCUACGCCCCCUGCGAGUUUACAACGUUAGCAGUGAUGGCUUAUGACCGGUAUAUCGCGAUAUGCAAGCCGCUCAACUACCACUCAAUCAUCACGCCUCGGAGGGUGGCGAAUUUGUUGAUUUUAACCUGGCUUUCUUCCAUCUGUGAAUCAGUUGUUGUGGUGGCCCUGAUAGCCAGGCUGCCCCUCUGUGGAUUCAAAAUCGAUAAGCUUUAUUGCACAGGCUGGGCAGUGAUAAAACUGUCAUGUGUUGAUACCACUAUCAACAACAUAUACGGAUCCGUUCUCAUGUUUAUACACGUUGCAGAAGCAUUGGUGAUAUGUUUUUCCUAUGUGAAUAUCGUUAAAGCAUCUUUGCGAUCACAGGAAGAACGGAAUAAGUUUAUGCAGACUUGUUUGCCCCAUUUAAUCUCACUGGGAAAUUUUGUAUUCGCAGGCGUUUUUGACAUCAUGUACGCUCGCUAUGGUUCCAGCACUCGUGUGCUGGGUCUGAGUCAUUUCAUGUCCCUGGAGUACCUCGUUGUUCCACCGCUCCUAAACCCUCUCAUGUACGGCCUGAAACUGAAGCAGAUCCGCCAGAGAAUCUUUAGAGUUUGCAGCCGGAAAAAUAAUUCUCUAAAAUGA